AUGACACUACCUCUACUGAUCCAGUCCAUCACAUCUUCCAUCCUUCUGAAGCUAUCAGCGUCGAGCGUCAACAUGAGAGCUAUUGUAUUGCUGUGUCUGCUGCAUGCAGCUUUUGGUCAGCCAAGCUAUGACUGGGAGGGACCUGGUCGUGGAUAUCCGAAAACAGACCCCAACGCUAACAGUGCAUGUCAAACGGACCAGGGCUCUUGUGGCUGCUGUCUGAUGCUGCGAUCGAUGAACAACCUGAGGUCAUACUUUAACACGAGCCUGAAUGAGUUGGAGAAGGUGCACUCACAAACAGAGCAAAGUCUGAAUAAUAUCAAAGCCAGCCGCACUGCCUUCUCUGUCUCUCUAUACAGUGAUGAUCGUUUUAAGUGUUUUGGCAACUUCGCUUUCAACACCCCUGUCAUCUACUCACAAGUCUUCAUCAACCUGGGUGCUGCUUACAAUCCAAAAACCGGUAUCUUCACUGUUCCCCGCUCUGGUGUCUACAGCCUCGCCGUCACCUUGUACAGUGACGCUGGGGCUCCUGGUAACAUCUUGGCCAUCUGCGCUGCUCUGCAGGUUAACGGCAAUGUGGUGGCUGCAUCCAGAGACCAAAAUAAGAAUGACCAAGAGGACAGUAGCUCUAUUCUCGUGGUCCUCCACCUGACGGCUGGGGACCAUGUGUAUGUCAACCUGUUCAGUGGAUGUUUCCUCUGUGAUGACAACAGCCACUUUAACACUUUCAGUGCCUUUCUGCUGUAUCUUACUGAAUAA